CAGGAGUGAUGAUUGCUGAUAAUGGGCCUCUGUAUGCCUAUGUAGAUAUUCCAUUAAAUAUCAGCUGUUUCCAGCUACGAUAGUCAUUUACAACCGUAACAAUGUCUACACUGUAUUUCUGAUCAAUUUGAUGUUAUUUUAACGGACAAUUUUUGUAGCUUUUCUUUCAAAAACAAGGACAUUAAUAAGUGACCCCAAACUUUUGAAUGGUAGUGUACAUUUUUGUGAUACUGAGGAUUAUAAACCAGUAUAGCCACUUUAUGAUCGAAGAAGAGGUGGCGAAAAAGUGUCAGGUGAUGUAUCACGGUCAAUGUGACCAUCGGGAGUUCGUACAGUACUUACUGUACUGUCUCUUUAAAAACCGCACGGCGACGUCAGAUAUCUUUUGACAGGAGCCAGCCAGCAAAACGAGGAUGUAACGGAUCCACGGAGGGAGAAGGAUGACAAUAAUAAUGUCCCCGGUUGGUUCUCGCGGCGCCCACGUCUCCGUAUCAUGAUAAACGCUGGGCCCGUUGACCGUGUGAUGCCCUCCGCGGCUCGGAGCGGGUGUUGGAUAGCAUGGUGCCAAGCUAUCCUUUUCGGUGUGUCGGGGCUGGUGAUACUGGCCGAAAGAACCUCGCAAACUCACCGCUGGCAAUGUACGAGAUUAGUUUGGAGGAGCAGAACUUCCGUUUUUACAGUGAUCUACUGCAUAGGAUUCUAUCUAUGGAAUGAGGAAACGCAGUGGGCGGGGUUGACCCUCGCCCUCUUGUUGCCAGGGAUACUGGUCCAGGUGUUGAGUCUCAGGUGGUACCAUGACGAUGGGGAAGACCACUAUUGGUUCCUGACCCUCACACACGUGUUGCAACUGGGCAUCUUCCAACGGUUGUGGGACUGCAUGGUGUCUGUAUGGGACAUGCAGGGCACUGCGGGGGAGCUGGGGGCGGCUGUGAUGCAGCAGGCUGAUGUGUCCGCUCUCCGCCUGUUGGAGGCCCUGGUCCUCACCCUACCGCAGACCCUGCUGCAGACCUACGUCCUGGCCGUCACUGACGUGGAACUAGACUCCCCGGUGGCGGCAUGCGCCGGCCUGUGCCUGCUGUCGCUGUCGUGGGCACUGGUGCUGUUCAGCCGGGCGUGCUGCCUGAUCCGCCCGGGGCACCUGGCCAUGCCGCCGGCCGCCCUGCUGUGCCAGCUGCUGUGGAGGGCGGGCAUGCUGGGUGCCCGGGUGGCAAGCCUCAUGUCUUUCGCCCGCUACUUCCACUGGUGGACCUGCGGAGUGGCAGGCUUCCACUGGCUCACAGCGUCUUUCUGGCUGGUCGCCCAGCAACCCGAUAUCUGCACUGGCCCGUGGCGCUGGCGGCUGUUCAACGCUGUGCUGGGAUUAGUCCACAUCUUCCUCUUCCUCAAUGUCAAAGAAGGCCCCUCGCGCUUUCGCAUGGCUGGCUUCUACCUGGCCAUGCUACUGGAGAAUGCCACACUAUUAGUGGCAGCGUCAGACUUCCUCAGUGAGAAAUCAUGGGAUAGCAUAACCCUCCCUACUAUCGUGCUGUGCAGCUUCCUGCUUGGCACCACCUCUCUGGUCCUGUACUACUGCUUCCUCCACCCCAAGUCCACCGAGAUCACCCAGGGCAAGGGCCAGCGCCUGGGCACCCACAACCACCACAUGGGCUCCACCUGUCUAGAGGGCCUGGAGCGGGGCGAGACUUCCUACUCCCUGGGGGGUGGGGGUGGUGUCAAGAGCCUCCCCCAGGCUGCCCCCUCCUCCCUGCAUAACCACGGCAGCUUCUCCCUCUCAGGCGUGGCCGGCUCCCUACUGGAGCAUCCUGGGAGUUGCGGUCCCAGGCUAGGUAACUCGUGUCCCUGCCGCCACCACCACUGGCUCCUGAUUCGCUUGGCACUAAAAACCGGUGACUUGGGGAAGAUUAACUGCGCCUAUGGUUCCGGCGGUGUGGCGGCCGUUUUGGAAGUGGAUGAGUCCUAUUGUAACUCUGAGGCCAAGAGUACGGGCGGCGGCGGGUCGACCACAGCAGGCGGCGGCAGCUGCGACAGGGUCUCCGGGGUUUCCGGGACCUCAGUGUCUGAAUCACAGGGAAUGAAGGGGGGCUUGGUGCCCCUCUCGGACUGCAAGGAGGAGUUCCAGAGCGCUAGUGACGAGCCCACGUCAGCCGAGACGCCCAGCGAGGGCGAGGAGGAGAGCAAGGACAGCCUGGAGGACAUGGAGAGCCCGCUGGAGUCACCGGUUUCUGACUCCUUCAAGCGUAGCUCGCCCGAGGGCAAAUUGUUGUUUGGGAAAAGCCCCGAGCCCUAUUUCUGCCCUAACACCACCCUGUCCAGCACCACACUGUAUUUCAGUGCCGACCCCCAGUCCCCCAGCAGCACCAGCAACCCCCACCUGGACCGAGUCAGCCCCCCCAUGGGCAUGGCAGGCCGUAGCUUCAUCCCCAGCAACCCCGCCCAUAGGGACAUGACGGGCCUGCAGAUGGGUCGGAUGGGUCCGUGCUACACCUCAACACCCAAACUGGACUCUGGGGCGCAGGGGGACUCACCGCCCAGCAUCCCCCAUCUGAGUGGUCCCAGGAGGCAGCUGAUACUGUCACGCCGAGACCAGGAUGAUGGAUUUUAGUAACAAGGGAGAGAUAAAAAGACAGAUGGGAGAGAGAGACUGAUUAUGCUUCCUCUCUAUUGCCUUUCCAAUCUCAACGCUCAAAACCAGCUCCAUUAGAAGCACACAUAUCUUAUGUAAUAUACAUUUCCUAUAGAUGUGCACCGUUACCAACUCUUGCUGAUCAUUCCAAGUACCAAGUACUUUCCCUUGAGGAGAGGCCAAUACCGGCGAGUACCGAUUCAAGUAUUUAUUUUUCAUAACAUGAACUUUAACCCAGUUCAAUCAAUGCUACCUCCUAAUCAACCAAACAUAAUGCAGUAAACAAAUAAUGACAUAUUAAAACACAAAAAUGCUUUUAAAAAUAAUCAUUUCAAUACAAUAACAAAUACAGAAAAGUUAUUCUACGAAAACUAGUAGGGCUGGGAAUUGCCAGGGACCUCACGAUACGAUAUUAUCACCAUACUUGGGUGCCGAUACGAUAUGUAUUGUGAUUUUUACGCUUCUAUAUGUAUUGCGAUUCGAUGUUCCAAACAUAUUGCUCACUAUACGUCUGCUGCAGAGGGACUAGA